AAUCAAUCGACGAGACACGUUGGUUGAUCCGUUAGAUUGUAAACAAUACAUCUAUGGUACAUAGGAUUAAAGCAUAUGGGUGGGUAAUAUGUUUCGCGGGCAGUUUCGCUUUUUAUCGUGCAACGUAAUAAAUGAGGGUUUUCGCUGAGCUUAGUGUGUCGGCUUACGGAAUGCAUCCUGAAUCCUGCCCCACGAUCCUCUGGAUGAAAUAUUUCAACGCACCGAAGGGUUAUCGUCCGGAUGGUUUGAAAUAUUUCCAUUUUGACACACAGCUGUCAACGGCGAAUGUCAGCAUUGGCAGAGUGUGCAAAGUAAACAACAACAGAACGCUGCUACGGUAAACAUCGCAGCUCUCGCCAAUUUCGGUCCGAUCGCCGGCGAUCAAGAUGCGUGAAAAGUGUCGAUUAUGUCUCGGUACCAUCAGUGCUCGGAAAGGAUGUUCCAUAUCGGACGAUAAAAUCAGCCCCAUCUUGUGUAAAGUGUUUUAUUUUCCGCUUUCUCGAACCGAGCCCAACUUGCCCACAAAAGUAUGUCCACGAUGUGUGACAACGGUACGCGACUUCAGCGAGUUCAGCGAAGAGGUGCGUAACAAUCAGGAGAUCCUACUGCAAGCGUGUGUGAAAAGAGAGAACAACGAUCCGGACGAUGCAGACCAUCAAGAAGAUCCGUCCGAACCCGAUAACGUCAGUGAGCAUCACCCCUUAAUAGAGGACGUUGAAGUAACGUUGGAUGAUGGGGAAGAUUCACUGUCAUCGGAAGAUGUACAAGACACUGUAGCAAAGCUUAAUUUGCCAGCGGAAACCGAAAAGCAAAAGCACACCGAACGAACAGAUGGUAGGGAUGAAGCAACCGAGCCCAACCCCGGCCCGGAUUCGGAGCAACGCGAACUGCAUGAGAAUGAUCGUAUAAUACGGGAGUUUUUCACGAUGCGCUGUGAGCUGUGCCCGGCCAAGACGGAGCAACAGUUCGAUCGGUUCUUUGCGCUCCAGCUACACUACCGCAAGCAGCACCAGUGCCGCGGAUUUUUACGCUGCUGUGGCAAACAGCUGUACCGACGGUUUCGCGUAAUGGAACACAUCGCCUCGCACCGUGGAACGAUCCGUUGCGAGCUGUGCGAUAGAACGUUUAAAAGCAAACGCUACCUGCUGCACCACGUGGCCGAGCAGCACGUUGACGCGCAGCAAAGCAAAUCGUUCGGCUGUGAACACUGUGAUAAGACGUUUCACACGAAACGGCAACGGGAUGCGCAUCGGAUUGCGCACGAAAUUACCGUAUGUAAGCUGUGCGGGAAAACGGUCAACAGUCGGUACAUUAAGAAACAUAUCGCACAGGUACACGACGCACCCACGCCUGCGUACAUGUGCGAUCUGUGUGGGAAGAACUUUUCCACCAGCAUGGUGCUGGAUCGGCACAUCAAGCAGCAUCGGGGCAUCGAAACGGUUGAGCUGGUACAGUGCGUGCACUGUGGCAAGCGGCUACGGGGGAAGUACAAUAUGCAGAGGCACAUGCAGCGUAUGCAUCUGGAAGUGGACCGGGUGCAUCGGUGCGAUGUGUGUGGACACGACAGCCCGAACAGUAUUGCGCUCGAGCAUCACAAGAAGCGGGUCCACUCGGGCGAUCAGUUUGCGUGCGACCAGUGUGGGAAGCGGUUUAAGCGGAAAAUCUAUCUAACGGAGCACGUGGCAGCGCUGCACACCCGGAUGCCGCUGUACAAGUGCGAGUUUUGUGAGGCCACGUUUAACUCGAAGGCUAACUACUACAGCCACCGGAAGUCGCGCCACACGGAAGAGUGGGAAACGUUGCGGGAGGAGAAGGAAAGGAAGGAAGCGAAAGGGUUGGCGGACGGAGUGUAGACAAAUGUGACGAAUAAAGGCUUUAAGAAUGUUCAGUAAAAUGUAUACUGCUUUCAAUUCAACCUAUAA